UAUUAACAGAUAGUUCACCCUAUUCAUGGAUACCAUUUGUUAGUGUCAACAUUAAAAGAGAAAAUUUAAAUAAACGAAGCAAAGUAAAGAUUAAAUCAAAUUCAGUUCGGGAUAUGAAGGAGAACAACAAAAUCCUUCAACUCAUCUAUGUGGCCUGGCGCGAACGCUGGUCCGACUCGCAAUGGGGUAUCAACAUAAAAAAGGUUCUGCCAAGAGGUGUGAGUGGAGAUGUUUACAAUUUGGCCGAUUGCCUAAUGCAGCAGGCCGUUAUUGGAUCCACAGCUAAUCCGUUGGUUUUAAACUAUUUGAAGCAUUCGUUAUGCGCUCACCUGGUCUCCCAUGCCGCCGUCUUACGCUGCAUAGCCAAAUAUGAUAAACUUGAACGUGUCUAUAGUGUUACGGCCCUUUUGGAGUUUUUAAUUGGCAUAAUAGAUGGAGUAACUUGUCGCAUCAAAUCGGAGGAAACCCUUUUGCCAUCAGCUGUUGUCCAACUCGUGCUUUGGCUAUUACAGAUCUUUGGGCGUACAGUCCAACAUUAUGAAUUAUAUGGCGAGAUUAGUGCCGAACAAUCGUAUAUGCUGGAUCAGACCUGUGUCGUUAUCGAUCGUUUGAGCCAACAUCAGUUCCUGCUCUCAAUCUUGUUUGUGGGAUGCCAUGAGGAGUUCGAUUGCUAUGCGCGGAUACGUGACAAGUAUGCCAGUAUUAAGGGAUCCCUUACAAAUUCGAAUUUCACAUUAAACUCACCGGGCGUCGAGCAACAGCUUCAUCAGUUGGCCUAUAUUGAUACAAAGCAUUUGGAUAUGCAGAAUUUGAACUCGCCGCAGCAGCCAGCGGAAAAGAUUUCGUAUUGUGUGCAGCCUCUAUUGGCUGUCGAGGUGCUAUUGAAUCCCUGCAAGGACACAAGCUACUAUGUGGCCGAACUGCAAAUGCUGCAACGGCUCAAGGGCUAUACGAAUACGCGCCUGUUCUAUGAGAUAAUCAGGGCUGGCUUUCUCACAUUGAGCAAUGUGGCGGACACUAGUCCGGAUACCAUGUGGGGGGCAUUUAUGUUCUUCAAAAUGCCUCAUAUUAUUAAACAGCUGCAUGUUCUGCAAAGGAUACCGGGUGAGCAGCCACCACCAGUGGAAUAUAUACCUGAAUUGGUUGAGGCUUUGGAAUUGCUAAUCGAGGAUAAUCUACUGCUGGAUUUCAUGGAUACGAAAUGUUCGUGCAAUAUGAUUGAAUUUCUACUUAAUGAUUGGACAAAACAGCAGCUAGUUAAUGAUGUUCAUGUGAAGAAAUUUGCCAGCCAGAGAGAAGCCGCUUCUUUGCUGCUUAAGAAAUGUGACAAUGGACAACAGACGCCAUCGAAUAUUAAUUUUAUCAAAAGGGCUGAGGUUCCACUCUCGGGUGUUAUAAAAACUCUUUGUACAAACAAGGUUCAGGAUAUGGUUAAUGUUCUCUGCCAAGUGCCAGUGGGCAAUAGUUUUGAACUCAUCCUGUCGGUUGCCACUGUUGAAGGACGUCUUAAAACUUUCGUUACCCGUCUCAUCCAAUGUAAUGAGAACUCGAAGCCACAGCCUGGCGAACUCGGCAAACUGUCGGUCAUACGAUCCACUCUUUUUGAUGUCUCCUUUCUCAUGCUGACUAGUAUAGUGCAAACAUAUGGUUCGGAUAUCGUCCUGUCUGAACGCGGAGAUUCAUUUUUCGAGAAGUGGGUUCGUGAAUGCAUGGUGGAGCGAAAUAAACUAAAGAAUCCCCGACAGAUUUUGGCUUUGUGCGAUGAUGCCAUUGUCGAUGAACUGCUUCUGAAUCUGAGCAAACCAGAGACCAGUCAAUUAAAGCCAAGUAAUCUCAGUUGGCAGGACAUUUGUCUGAAUCUGCCUGGUGUGUUACAUCAUGUGCUCAUUGCCUGGGAGCAAGAGACUCUCUCGUCGGCGGAUGUGAAAAACAUUUUGGAUAACAUCAAGAGACGCUUAUUUAGCUUCUCAGUGUGCGCCACUAGUUUUCUGUGCGCCUACAUGUACUCGGUAAGGGAGACGGAGCUGUUAAAGCCAUUGAAUAUGAUUCAACAGUUUCUGGCUCCCCUGACCAGCGAGGAGUUGUCCAGUCAGGAGAAUGCCAAGGAGCGUUUGGCCUUAUCAUAUCAAAUAAUAAGGAAAAUGCAGCACGACGUUCACCCGGCUCCAACAACAAAAUCACGCUUAAUUUCCCACACGCCAUUGAUAGAUCAGUUUCGGGAAGUGUGGCGCAGUGUUUCGGAUGCCGGACAUUUGCCGGUGCGGGCGGCUCAGACCCUGGAAUCGCUAAUGCUGGCAGGCGGAGCGGCAUGGCUGGCUACUCAAUUGGUGGAGCAGUUGCUAACGUAUAAAUAUACCCAAGACAUGGCAAAGGCAAUGGAUAUAGUGUUUGCUGUUAUGCAUUUGGAUAUUGAACGGAGUACCGAAGCCUUACUCCAGUUUGUGGUGGCGCCCUUAAUGAUACGGAGACAAGGAGAUGACAUCAAUGAACCGCAAUCUUUGGUUUUGGCUCGCCUUUGCGUCUCUUGCAUCAUUUCUUGCCUCGAGACUCGCAGUUCAAGUGCCUGUGUUGCCUCAUUCAAGAAACGUUCACGCUCUCACGACGAAGAGGACAUGACUGCCAAUACGCCCAAAGUGCGUAAAGUGAUGGGCGAUGGUAAUAGUGACAACUCCAAUGACUUUGCUGAUGCAUCUGGUCUCGUUGGUAGUGGCACUGGAAAAACCCUGCUCAGCUCCACUGCCACCUCUUCAGACGUGCGUGCCACACCCCAGAACUUAAAGGAAUCACUUCAAUCCAGUAUUCAGCACAUCUUUGGCGUAUUUGUGCAAUUUGUCAGUGGGGAUGAGCUGUCACCGAAGGCCAUCUUUGUAUAUCAAUUCAUUUCCCUGCUAAUCGAGUGUGGUGGCGAACGGGUUGCUCCUGUUCUGAGAUUAUUGCCGAGCAAUUUGGUGCAGCAAUUGCUCAAGGUGAUGGCAACAGAAGAUAUUGGCGUGGGGUUAAUCAGCCGACUCUAUGAUCUUCGUUCGACAGCGGGCAGACAAUCAGCUGUUACCGACUUGUGUCUGUGGAGGAAUAUGCAUCUGUCCAGGGACAGUAUACAUCUGUGAGCAGAUGCACACAUAUAGAAACAAAACAGGGGGUGGGGAGGGUAAAGUAUUUGCUAAAUAACAAUAAAUUGUAUUAAAAGAACUAUAAA